UGUUGCGUCUUCGAGUACUAGUGUAAAACAGGACUACAAUGAAUAUAUGUGGACUAUGAGAAAGGAUUUUGCGGAACCUGAACCUGAAACUGUAGCUGUUAUAAAGGCCGAGAGUUUCAGAUAAGAACUAUGGAUUCCAACCAUUCCCAUGAAGGAGGAGCCUGCUGCAAUUCCAAAAAUGAUUCUGGGGUCCGACAAACUUUAUCGGAAAUGGAGUUCGAAAGAGGAAUUUGGCACGCAGCACAGUCUAAUGACUAUGCCAGAGUGGAGUAUCUUUUAAAGAAGGGAACUUCAGCAAAUUCCGAAGAUUCUGCAGGAUAUACGGCUUUGCAUUAUGGCGCGAGGAACGGUCACUGUAAACUCUGCAAACUAUUGUUGGAGAAUGGUGCUAAUGUGAACGCAUUGACUCGAUCGGGCCAAGCAACUCCACUUCAUAGAUCAGCGACUCAAGGCCAUGUUGAGAUCACAGAUUUGCUAUUGAAAUCGGGUGCUGAUUCGAACAUUGCUGACGCAGAUGGAUACACUGCUCUUCAUCGCGCAGUCAUCUCUAAUUCUGGCCCAGUGUGUAAAUUACUAAUCUCAAAAACUGAUCCGAAGAGUCUCGAUAAUUGUGGACGUACUCCUUCAGAUUUAGCUAAAGAGAGAGAUAAUAAGGAAGUUCUUGAAGUUUUUAAGAGUGUGAAGAUUUGAAAAUAUGUAUAAACAUAAAGGUAUUCAAAUACAGUUAUUUUAAUCCAUGGACUAUGUUUGUAUAUUCCAAAAAGCUGUUGAUAAAAGAAUAUUUGCCUGAAUUCACCGUCAGAGUUUUCAUUUUAAUUGUAUGUGAUUUUAUAUGAUGU